UCAAAUUAUGUUGUAAACAACGAAUGAGUUUUGCCGCUGAGUGCUGUGUGUGCAAGAAGCCUUUGAGAUGCUUUAGUACUUAAAAAACCCAUGGAAGAUGUCUGAGGAAGAGAACCAUCUUAAUGCGCCAGUCGGCAACCGAAUUGCUCUCUGGAAGCAAGUCGAGAAACAGCACCAGGAAAAACAGCUCAUCAACCCCUUCUCGGAAUGGGAAGGUGCAUCGACCCGCGCCAAGCUCCGACCGGACGACCUGGAGUACGCGCGUCCCGUGGAAGGGUCCAUGACGGCGAUCCGAGGCCAGGCCGCCGGCCAGCGUAUCUCGGGCGAGAUCCAGAAUUUGAUCGACGUCAUCCAGCGCGUCGGCAGGCCGUGUGAGGACGGGCGGCACCAGGUCACUUUCGGCAGGCUCUUCGAGAUCUACGUUAAAAUCUCCAAUAAGUUGGUGGGGAUCCUGUUGAGGGCGCGCAGGCAGGGACUGGUGGCGUUUGAAGGGGAGAUGCUGUGGCAGGGCAAAGACGACAACGUGGUCAUUACGCUGUUGGAACCUUGUGACGAAAAACAAGGCAGCAGUUAGCCUCCCAAAAGUAUAUUAUUGCAUUUAUUCAAGGUGUCCUUUUUCCUAAAUGAACCUAAUUUUUUUCGCUCUGGUGCAGUGAACAUAGAGGCUGGAAAUAGGCCCGAGACCUAAUGACAUGCUUUGUUUAUCUGUGCUCUUUCCUAUGUGGUAGACGGUCCCUACUUCGUCUGGCGUCCCGACUUCGCUCCCAUAGGAGAGCGCAUAUGUA